UGCGGGAGCGCGCACGGGCGUGUGCGCAGGGCGGCGGCGCGGCGGCGCGGGGACGCGCGGCGACCGUUGGCGCGGAGGGAGGAGGCUGAGUGCCGCCGCCGUUGCGCAGAUCCGGGCCGCGGCCGCGGGGAGGGACGUGCGGUGACCUUCCGGAGGAGCUGCGCAGCGGGCCGCACGGGGCGCCAUGAACAGCGCGGGCGCCGACGAGAUCGGGAAGCUCUUUGUGGGCGGCCUGGACUGGAGCACCACACAAGAGACUCUGCGCAGCUACUUCUCACAGUAUGGAGAAGUUGUGGACUGCGUCAUCAUGAAAGACAAGACCACCAACCAGUCUCGUGGCUUUGGCUUCGUCAAGUUUAAGGACCCUAACUGCGUGGGGACAGUGCUGGCCAGUAGACCGCACACCCUGGAUGGCCGGAAUAUUGACCCGAAGCCCUGCACACCUCGGGGGAUGCAGCCGGAGCGGACAAGGCCCAAGGAAGGCUGGAAAGGCCCCAGGAGCGACAGCAGCAAGUCCAACAAGAUCUUCGUGGGGGGCAUCCCCCACAACUGUGGGGAGACAGAGCUCAGGGAGUACUUCAAGAAGUUUGGAGUGGUCACAGAGGUGGUCAUGAUCUAUGAUGCAGAGAAGCAGCGGCCUCGAGAUCUCUCUCCAGGUGCUAAGUUAAGUCACACAGGUUUUGGAUUUAUUACUUUCGAGGACGAGCAAUCAGUGGACCAGGCUGUCAACAUGCAUUUUCACGACAUCAUGGGCAAAAAAGUGGAGGUUAAACGGGCUGAGCCUCGGGACAGCAAAAACCAAGCACCGGGACAGCCAGGAGCCAGCCAGUGGGGCAGCCGAGUUGCGCCCAGUGCCGCCAACGGCUGGGCAGGUCAGCCCCCACCCACGUGGCAACAAGGAUACGGUCCACAAGGAAUGUGGGUGCCAGCAGGACAGGCGAUUGGUGGCUAUGGACCACCGCCCGCGGGCAGAGGAGCUCCACCACCACCACCGCCCUUCACUUCCUAUAUUGUGUCCACACCGCCUGGAGGCUUCCCCCCGCCACAAGGUUUCCCGCAGGGCUAUGGCGCUCCGCCACAGUUCAGCUUUGGCUAUGGGCCUCCACCCCCACCACCUGAUCAGUUCGCCCCUCCAGGGGUCCCUCCUCCACCUGCCACCCCAGGGGCUGCCCCGCUGGCCUUCCCACCGCCUCCAUCGCAGGCUGCCCCUGACAUGAGCAAACCCCCGGCGGCCCAGCCGGACUUCCCCUAUGGUCAGUAUGGUUACGGGCAGGACUUGAGCGGCUUCGGCCAGGGCUUCUCAGACCCCAGCCAGCAGCCACCCUCCUAUGGGGGUCCCUCAGUACCGGGCUCUGGAGGACCCCCCGCUGGUGGCAGCGGCUUCGGACGUGGCCAGAACCACAAUGUGCAGGGCUUCCACCCCUACCGGCGCUAGGCUGCCGGGCCACGCGAGGAUUCGGACUGUGAACUCGGGACAAUCACACGGCAGAGCAUCAACCACUUGACCUGGGGGGCUGCCAGGCCGCGUCUGGACUGAGGUUUUCAAUAUUUUUCUUUUCUCUGACCCAUCAGCACAAUAAAAAGCAAGUCACUUGUUCAACAACAGGGUUUAAGUAAAAAUGCCUUCAGCUUUAAUUCAAAAUUUCAGGUUUCUUUUUCUCUUUUUUUGGAAAUUAUUUUCCUGAGCCUUUUUGUUUUACCGUAUAUUGUAAACUUUUAUGUUAAAGAAAAAUAUACAUUUACAAAUUGUGAGAUUUUUUAAGAGAAAUUUUCUACAAUGUAUACUGGCUUAUUUUUUAAUUUAAAGCAGGGUGGGGGAGCGGCCCGACUGGGGCGGAGUCUACUGAGUGUUUGGUUCUCUCUCUCUCUCUCCUUCCUUUCAGCAGCUGCUUACGUGGCUGCAGUAGGUGGUGGGGCGCCUGGUGCAGAGGUAGUGGUGACAUCACAGGUGGCCUGGGCCCUGCACCCGAGUCUGGGGGCUUACUGGAGGCCCCGCUGCAGGGCUUGGGGUCCCAUUUAACAGUUUGACCCGGUUUGAAUAAAGCAGCACGUUCGGAUCAGA